UCUAGUUGGUGUCGCUUUAUCGCAGCCGUCGAGUAACACUCGCCCCGCCGGAUGAAGAGGCCGGCAACAGGCACGUCGCCUUCCCUUGUUCAGUGCACCAAACGCCCCCAAACCGAGCCGCCGUCAUACCGGACCCUGGAACGAGGGCGGUGCAUACCCUGAGCGGGCACACCGUCGUCGGAGCAAACUGGCGACCGAUGCCCUUUACAAAGGAAUUGCCGUUGCCGCGCAUCUGUGGCCUCUGCCGCACGGUUCCCAACAGGACGGUACUUCUGCCCUGCUCGCACUUCCUGUGCGAUUCCUGCAACGGCGUCAGAGACCAAGAUGGCCGCUACGUGUGUCCGUUGGACCUGGAACCGUUCGAUGAGCACGAUUGUCUAUGGAAUGACUUCCCUGCCACGAGAGCGAGCAGCCUCAAGGCCCAUUGCUGGAAUGAAUGCGACGGAUGCGCGUUCGUAGGCACCAUCGAAGCUGUACUGCGGCACUACGAGAAAGAAUGCGACUUCCAUGCUCUCCUGUGCCCACGGUGUCAACAAAGGAUACGGCACACAGAGCUUGCAGCCCACUAUGUGGCCGGAUGCUCGCGUGGUAAUCUGUCUUCGAGACCUGCACAACAUUACCAACGUGGUGAUUCACGUGACUUUCGUGACGAAGACGGACAAAAGUGA